AUGAAGCGCUUGAACCUUAAUCUGAAGAGCUGUAAAGCGAACAGCAUCAAUACCAGCGGCAUCAGGGCUAAGAGAAGGGAAAAGCACUCAUUUCUUCGAGUCCCCAAUUUUCUUGCAGUCACAGACUUUCUCAGUGCAACAGCAACUAUUCCAUAUGCAAUAUAUCUUACAUCACACUGGCGCCCCACGCAUAUCGAUCUCGACCAACAUUAUGUGUUGAUUUUGAGUACACCACUUCCUGUUCAAUUGAAAAUCAAUCUAGUACUUGCCACAUCUGUUGCACUCGAACGGAAUUUGGCUCUUUUUCUCCCGGCGUCCUACCGCAGGCUGCCUUCUUCUAUAUAUGCUACCGCCUCUCUUGUGAUAGGACUUCUGUUUGCUGCUGUUGAUCUUGUUUUGGAAUUUAGCUUACCAUCCUGGCCUUCUCAGCACAACUCCUGCGCCGCCUUAUGGUGCUUUUUGAGCCGCACAUUCCAAUACUAUUGGGGCACGAGCAACCUGGUGAAGAAUUUCAGCUUUCAAUAUUCGCUAAUUUAUCUGAGAAUAUUAGUUCUGAGCUUUGUCGUACUUGCACUGACAUCCUUAUUCUUAAUUAAGUUGCGAACUUUCCAAAGAAAACCACGAGCAUUGCAAACUUGCACAACUAAAGAGUCGAAGAAAUUUCAACAGGCUAACCGUAUUUCGACUGGAAUACUGCUUACUUCUAUGAUCUUCGUAACGUGUCCGAGCAUUGCUCUCAAUAUCUUUGCUUUCCGUGGCGGAUCCAAAUUCGAAUUCAUUGGUCCAUUCUACUUAAUUGGACUGCUCUGCACUGGUACUUUCAGCAGCGUUCUUUAUAUGAUUCUGUAUCAAGACAUGCGAAAGCUGGUCAAAGCAUAUUUGACAUGCAAAUGUCCUCGUGUCGAAAGUAUGGGGAGCUCCGUUUCUUCUAAUGGAGUGUUUUAUAAUACUAGAUUCUGA